UAGAAAUCACUGAAUGGUGCCCUUAAAUGGGUAGACUGUACAGUAUGUGAAUCAUAUCUCAAUAGAUUGUUCAAAAAGGCAGAGGAAGGAGGGUCAGACAGCAGCUGUGCUGGAUUUGUGAUGAGCCGUGCAGCGGAGUCGGGCUGACCAUGCAAGGUGGCCAUCCAGGAGUCCCCAGGACAGAGGUCCAGACCGACACACGCUCUCUGACUCUUCCUCUGCUGACAUUUACCCAAAACUAGGAGGACAUUUGGCACCCAGCCAAAUGUCAUAACCCAGACCCAGGGAGCAGCCCUCCAGAGGCCCUAAUUAGAGGGUUUCUGGGUGAGGCGUUUUCAUUCCCCGUGAUGAGUCUUUCAUCUUCAACCUAAUGCUUUUAUUUCUUAAUAAUAACAGGAGUGGGAGUGCACGAAGCCACUCCCCUCUGCGCUGUGUCUCACACCCCACAAUUAUCCCUCAUUCUGCUCUUGGGAAGUUUCUUCUAAAAGCUUUAGUCAGAAAGGAGCAAAUCCCAGAAAUGGGCUACACGCUGUUCUCUGAAAUGGAUGCUCAAGACUUUCCGCGAGGGGCAUCCGCCAAUGGACACGGACACUGAGCUGAGUCCCCAGUGGAAGGGGGUGCCGCUCACUGCCUGCUUCUGUGGUUCCUGGGACAGAAGGUUUACGGGGCCUGGAGGGAGCCCCGUGGCAGACAGAGGGGCCCCCGAGGGCUCAGGGCGCUGGCCUUCCACCCUCCUGGCCUGUCCCCGUGGGCAUGGGACCUGCCGAUUACAGCUUGAACAGCUGAACAAGGACCUGAACGAAGUUUUACAUAAAGUUCAACAGCACUGCUGUGAACUUCCUCCAGACCAAGGGCUCCAGCCUGCAGAUCAGCCGACAGACAUGAGACGGAGGUGUGAGGAAGAAGCACGGGAAAUAGUUCGGCACGCAAAUUCCUCCCUGCUCUCGUGUUCCCGGGCUGAGGACCAAGCGUGUUGGAGCAGACCAUCUGCAGUGCUCUCCCUGGCUCCGCUGUCAUCUCCAGCACCUCUCAGACUACAGUUCUGUCCCCUGUGGUCAGGGUCACCACUCCAGGCUGGGCUCAAAUGGCACAGGGGCCCGGGAGGUGAGGCUGCGCUUCAUGCUUUUGUCCUCAAAGUAGCAUCGCCUCCUGUUGCUUCAGAGACAGGGCAGCAAACUGCUCCCCUUCUUCCUGUAGCCAAGGAGCCUAUGUCCAAGCCCAGCCUGGAGAGGCGUGUGCGGCCCUUCCCUCGGCCUCCAGGGUACCUCAGGGCAGCCUGACCCUGCCCCCGGUGCCAGAGUGACCCAAGGCAGGACCCAGAGAUGGCGUAUUUGUGCACAAAGCCCGCUGCAGGCUGAGCCUCAGAGGGACACGAGUUUUCAGCAAGUUCUUCAACCAAAUGGGGGCCCAAGUCUGCCCUUUGAGAGUUGGAGGCUGCUCACCUCCACCCUACACAUCAAAGUCUCUGAUUGUGCUUCUGCCCACCUCACAGCCGCUCUGUGUGUCAGAACUUGCCCCCAGCCUGGGGAGGAAUGUGGCGGGAGUUUGCUGCCCAUCAAACAAUUCUUUGUUGUUAGAACCAGGUGUGGACUGGGGGUGGGGAGGCUGCUGGCCUUGUUUCCCAUGUCUUCCUCCACAAACAUGCAUCAGGCCUCUGCCCUGGGCAAAGCCAGCUCAUACUCAACAGUGGAGGAAGACACUGAAGCCAGGGGCUUCCUCCUGCAGAGAUGAGGGGAUGGGUUCUGGACCCUGCGGGUGUAGACAGAGCAACAUGGGUGAAUUUUGUCCUGCUGGCCCCACACCCAACCCAUCCCUCUGGUCCUAGUGAUUGACAUUGCUCUCAGAUCCUCCCCCUCAGCCCCAGCUCCAGGUGCUCAGUGUCCUCAGCCAAGGUGGGUCAGUCAGUGAAUUCAACCCUGCCAGCUAUAGAGACGGCUCCAGAAAUGGAGGAGGCCAACUCCAGCAAGAGUCAGGUUUUGGGGGGGAAAAAGUGAUCUUUUCUCCUGCAGUUGCUGCAUCUGCGAUGGGCCAGAAAGAACUGGCAGAUGUCUUGCCUUUAGGAGGACCAGCCUAGCUACCUACUGAUGGAGGGAACACUGGAGGAAGCAGAGGUCUGAUGGCUCAGGCUGAGAUCCUGGA